AUGUCUGCAUUUCACGAUUACUGCGUGGUGUGCGAAAAAUUGAUCGAAGGUCCCAGCAGGCUCUAUUGCUCCCAUACGUGCUGUCGACACGACAUCAGCGCCAAACGACGCAAAAGUGAGGUCGAAAACCUCGUGGCCACGCCGCAGCUCUGUCCCGUCGAUCUCGAGGCCAGCUGCGACUCUGAGGACGACGAGCUUUCUGAAAUUGACUACACGGCUACCGUUCCCACCACCCUGAGUUCUCCCCAGCUGACUGGGAAAGAACCGUCCAUCGAUGGCUACUUUUCUCUCUCCGCAGAGCUGUUUCUCGAUCACACUGCAGAGGACAACUAUAGGCUGUGGCUAAACGGUCAGGACGCCUAA